GAUCUAAAGCACGAUCUCAAAUCCACACGAUGGCUGCGCGGCUUCUGUUGGGCCCUAGACGUCUUCUGGGUAUUCGGUCUCGUUGUCAGCGCAAUCAUGGUUGGCAUGAUGUCCACGUUCAUCACGACUGAAUCUGCGUGCUUGCCGGAUGGUAGGUUUAGACUGCGGCCCGACAUGUUCAGCAUGUGGUCUUCUACAGGCUUCUUUCAAAUCACGCUUGGGGGCGGGGAUUUGAGUUUUGCGCAGGCUAAGCUCGUGGAUAUCGUAUGGGAUAUUGUUGUCGGACGCGGUGGCCAGGUGAUUUUGGCAAUAAUAUCUUGGCGCGAGUUUGCACGGUACUUGACGAUUUGCAUGGCGAGUGAGCCGGUCUCCUAUCAAGUUUUCCGUACGAUUUUUAUCGAGAACGACGCCUCUGUUCUCUCAACAUGCCGAACAAUCAAGAGCUUCAUCACGCAGCGUAGACUCAAGUCAAAAUUCGCCAUGGCAUUUAUGACUGCGACAAUGCUUUUCAUCCUCGCGUUCCCAACGCUCAUGAGCGCUAUGAGCGGCUACGAUUCUAAUGUUUCGUCGAGAGUUCCGGACCCGAGCGAUAAUCUUGUUCCAUUUGGUAAUUUUUCGCGGGUACUUUAUUUUAUUCAGGAUGGCUUAAGGAUUAACAAGUCGGACAGCUUAUGGGUCUUGGAUGAGACUAACUACGAUGUAACUUUACGAAUAGGAAGAGACCCUGUAAUUACAGACGGAGCAGUCCCGGAGAAGGACCUGGCUUAUAGAGUCUCCUUGUACGUUAAAGCAUAUGGGCUCGGUGGUGGACGGGACGAGCCAUCUAUCUUUGACAAUUCUACCUUUUCCUACUCGUCUCAGAAGGGCAUGAACCACACACUGAAUCCGCCCACACUCAACAUCACUGCUUACACCCUUGAAGACACCAGAAUGGAGGCUUAUAACAUC